ACCCUCUUAAUAUAAUCGAUAGUGCAGUAGGGACAACAGCCUGUUGGGUGAUACGAUUUUCGCGUUUUAAUAUAGAAAUACACGGUUUCUUUGGUUCUCGUUUGAAGUAAAGCUUCAAGGUGUCGGUCUCAAGUAGCGUUCUGCCAGGAGCGAUCACUAUGAAGAUCCUUUCACCUCGCGAUGGACCGGACAUCGCACCAAUCGAAUCCGCGGGUGAAUGGCACAGCGCAACGUUCUGGAUACUGGUGGUGGGCGCAGCGGCGGUCGUCGCGUCCAUCGUGGCUGCUUUCGCGUGCUGGGUCGCCCGCCGCCGCGCUGCACUUGCUCACAAACUUGGAGGGAAGCGAGGCCCAGACAAGGCGCUAGUAUUCCAGCCACCUCGUCGUGCAACUGCAGUGCGGUCGCCUGGCUCAGCCACACACUACCUGCGCAAAUCCCCGUCACCAACCGCAACCGCCCCGCAACCAGUCGCGUCGCCACCGCAACCACAGCCCCCUAAUAAUCCGCCUUCUGGUGCCAACAGUCCACACUCGCCAACAGCACCAGAGCCUGCACCUCUGAGCAAAGAGCUUGCCGAUGCCAAUGCCACUGAGAAACCCAAACCAAUCGAGCCUGAGACGGUCAGCGACGGCAAACUUGGCGAUCUGCACUUCAAGUUGCGAUAUGAAAAUGAGAAGAGCGCUCUGGUGGUGUCGGUGGUAUCAUGCCAGGGUCUGCCUGGCCGCGAGCCCGCGGGACCCGACCCGUACGUCAAGCUGCAGCUGUUGCCAGACAAACAGCACAAGGUCAAGACCAGGGUGGUACGCAAGACCCGAUGCCCCGUGUACGAUGAGGACUUCACAUUCUACGGCAUCGCGCCGCACCAGCUUUCCGCUAUCACGCUACACUUUGUCGUCUUGAGCUUUGAUAGAUACUCUCGCGACGAGAUUAUCGGUGAAGUGGUCUCCCCGCUGUCGACGCUGCAGCUGCACAGCGGUGAGGCCAUGGCACUGUGCCGAGAGAUACAACCCAGGAGUCUCAAGAUGCGCAGCGUGGGUCGCGGGGAGGUGCUGGUGUCACUGUGCUGGCAGCCCGCCGCCGCGCGCCUCACCGUGGUGCUGCUGAAGGCACGCAACCUGCCUAAGAUGGACGUCACUGGCCUUGCUGACCCUUACGUGAAGAUGUACUUGCUAUACAACGGGCAGCGCAUCGCAAAGAAGAAGACCCAUGUAAAGAAACGCACUCUCAACCCGGUAUUCAACGAAUCCUUCGUGUUCGAGGUUCCAGCCGCUCCCAACGCAACGCUCGAUCACGUGUCACUGGAACUUCUCGUGCUGGACUGGGACCGCGUCACUAAGAACGAGGUGAUCGGUCGCCUGGAGCUAGGAGCCGAGGGCACCGGCAGCGCCCGACACCACUGGCGCGAGGUGCAAGCGGCCCCGCGCCGCCAGAUCGCGGACUGGCACAAGCUGAAGGAGUGAGCCGAGCUACUUCCCACUGACCCCGUACCCAUACCCACGCAACCACCGCCGGCCCACAACAGAUACCCCCUAGCGCUGCGGCCCUCGAGCCUGCCUUUGAUCUUCUCCAAGUAUCUGGGGCCGUCUAAUGUGGUGGUGUAACUUGCUGAUUCAUACAUUUAUACUGUGCAUUGGUUCUGUGUGUUAGCGAUUGGUCCUUAGAAAUCUACAAGUUCUGGUUGUCUCAUUGCAAUUUAAAAAUACACCCUACCGCCCUAGAUAUUAUUAUAUUGUUCUUCAAAUAACUAUUUAGGGCUGCCUAAUAGCGUAAGCUGCUUAUGCAAACAUUUUCUAUGCGUAUUUCAUGUAAAAGCUGAAUAACGAAUCCGAACUGGGCGCAGCCUCGUGUGGCAGCCUGGCUAGUUCUGCCGUCAGUGACCGAGGUUUUUCCGAUAUAAUCAAACGGUAUGUUCGGCCCAGGCUACCUCCACUGCUCGCCCGCCUCUGAGCUACAAAGUUAUAAUAUGCAGUUCGUUUCGUACACAUUGGUCGAAGACUUUGAGACGAUGUCUUCUAAAUGAUUGUCUUGAUGCAAUCGCGGCCAAAUACUAGAACGGGUAAUAGCGUAUAAACUCAAAAAAUUUCACAUUUACGUAAGUACGCAUUUUUGUGUAUCAGUGGAGUUGUAGCAAUGGAAUUAGGUACCUACGACCGUAAAUAAAAUUGAAAAAUUAAACCUAUUUAAAAUUACAGAAUAAAAAAAUAGCACAUUCAGAACUAAAGUGACCUAAAGCAAAAUAUAUAAUUUUUGAGAUCUCUACCCACACGGGUUGGAUAUAAAAAUCAUAUUAAUUUCAUAGGUCACUUUAUUAUCGCCACAUGCACAAUCAUUGAAUCAUUAAAAUCAUCCGCAGUAUUGCGGAAAAAAUACGGGUAAGUGGGAAUUUAUGUUAGCCAAAGUCCAGAAACAGGUAAACGGUUUCUUUAGCGGUAAUUUAAAAUUUAAAUGUAGUGAUAUUUUGUAUUAGAUAGAUGAAAUUUAUUUCGUUACAAAUUAGUAUGUUUACUCGAUGUCCUUUGUUCUUUGAAAUUUUCGAAAACGCACAUUUUCAAAUGUCCGUUAAUUGUGUCACAAAAAUUAGAUGCUUAAUUUUAAGAAUUAAAUAAUUAAAGAUUAAUAAACAAUAUUUAUCUUUACUCCUUUAGCAAGAGCGUAUUACAUGAUGAUACUACGUCACGACGUCAUGGUAUAUGUUAAAGCGGCGAUAUAAUCUGUGUGAGGGUGAUUUCAUGAAGGAGUAAUCGAAAAUAUUGUAAGGUUAGUAUACUUUUAGAAAUUGGAACAAUGGUCUUUGCUCUAUUUUCAAUGAAUUAAAAUUUUUACAUAUCUAAUUGUUAGAGACGUAACAAUUGAUACAAAAAACAAUUUUUUAUACUAUUAAUAAAUGGGAAUAAAUAAAUGCGGUUUACUAAUAAAUUAUUUAUCCUUAAUUUGUGACUUCAAAACAUAUUAUCUCGAUAAUAAAGCUUAAUAAAUUUCGCUUUUAUUGUAAGACUAUUUUUAUGUGUAUAGCUAUAAAUUGGACUUGAAAAACUUUCCAUUGCUUUAUUACUAACUCUUUUUAUAAUUCUUAACGUAUUUUUGGCAGAAGUUUAAUAUUUUGCACCAUCUUUGUUAAGCGCCAUUUUUUCCAGCGAAGCUAUUAUUUUGAUAUUAGUGGUAUUUUGAUUAUUAUUAAGACACUGUUGUAUUAAAUAACUAUAAUAUAAGAAAGAGAAUUAUAUUCAGCUUAGUAUCUUCACAAAACCGUUUCGGAGGUUAUAUUUUUUUAUUUUACCAAAAGUAAAAACAAUUGUGUGAACAAAGUCAUGUCAAGUUUAAUUAAAAAGAAAUUCUUGAGUUCUACAGUAUUUCAAUCAUGAAAAGUAUAUAGAUUUUUUUACGUUUAAGAAUUCAUUAUCAUUUUUGCUAUUAAAUGUCUGAAAAACUUUUCAUUUAUAAAACUAUUUAGAAUUUACAAUCAAGUAACUAAUCCCUAAUAUUUUUGAAAUAAUAGCAAAAUUGAUGUUGAAUUUAAAAAUAUAAUGUAAUACUCAAAUUGAAUAUUAGCUCUUAAUAUAUUAUUAUGUACUUACAGUUAGGUUAUAGGGACAAAAAUCUAUUUUAUACUAACGCUAGUGGUUAACUUUAACUUUAGGUUUAAAUAAUAUAUGUGUAACGGCUCAUUCGACGAGGCUUCGAGCUUUGUAGUCACUUGUACCUUAUAGUCGCAAAUCAUACAGAUUCUUCUAGCUACUUCUAGAGUUUUCUAUACCUUUAGCACAACACAUUGUCAUACUAUAAAAUGUUGUUGCUGUCCACAUACACGCAUUCGACAUUCAUGAUAUAUCUUAAAGACAGUAUUUUACUCAUAAUGAUAGGCAUAGGUACGUCAUACGCUAUACUCGUUCAUAAUACAUACCGAACGUGACGUCAUAAAUUUUGCAGGAGAAUUGUAGGUGAAUGUAAGCCAAGCUUUACAUUUCAACGUAGAUCAUACCUACAUCCAAAAAUCCCACCACCACAAUAGCACCCCCUUCCAUUUAGAUUUAAUGACGUCUUUAUGUAGUCGGUGACCAGGAAUAUGUUAAUACGUAUAAUCUAUUAGACUUAUUGGUGUUACUAUUUUGUAUUGUAGCAACAAUAAGGAAUCUUUAUUGAUAGUAAUAAUUAAUUUCUUGACUGUCAUUAAUAUUUAUCAAAAAAAUAAUCGUAAAAUUUCUUUAUUCUAAUUCCCCAGCCAUUUGCUUGCAUAAACUAUGUAUUAUGUACAAUUAAAAAUUUAACUAUAAAGUGUAUUUUUUCGUUAUAUUAUAGAAAUGACCUUUUUUGUAACAUAACAAUUAUUUAUUUUUCUGUAAAUAAAAAUAUGAAUACACCGGAUAAAGUGUAAUUUGAAUUUUAUUAUGUUGGUUAUUCUUUAAUGUUUAAUAUUAAGUAGAUGUUAGACUUAAAAUUAGUGUUUAAAUACGCAAUUUAAUGGAAUUAAUAUAACAUUAAUAAUGUAAGUAAUAAAUCUCAAAAAAUAAAUCUUUAAGAACUUAUGUAUGGAGUUGAGAUAUAAAUUUGUGUUUAUAUAUACAUAUAUUACUCCAUACAUACAUACAUAUGUUUAUAUAAUAUAUAAUACUCCAUACUUCUACAUUCCAACAAACGAUCAUGAAAGCUACUCUCUAUCGAAACGAAUUGUAAUUUUAAAAAAAAUGUUGAAAUCAGACUCACUCGUGACAAAGACAUUUCAGAACGAAUGCUUAUCUAAGUAUAUCGCUCUUUGUAAUUAUUUGAAUCGUAUAGAGAGUGGGCAAGUAGAUUUUGAUUAAGUACGUCUACAUUAUUUUCAAUAUCACGAAAUUUUUGAGUUAGGUCUCUUUCGUAUUAAAUGAUGCGUAAAGUAUUUUGUAAAUAUUCAUCGAAUUGUAACUGUAACGAAUAGGUAUGUUCUACUCUUUAGUGUUAAGGUAUUGUAUGUGUAAACUUAAGUGAACCGUGUUUUUUGUUUUCCAACUCUAUAUGUUUUAAAAUUUGUAAAUGUUUAUGAAUGUAGUAGAUGCAAAAAUCAAUGCAACAUUAUAACAACAAUUAAGCUACAAACUCACUGCACAUGCUAUACCAUAGCAGGAGACUAGCUAUAAAGAAUCUGACUGUUAUUACAUAGUUUUAAAACGGUAAAAAGUUAAAGCUUGUCUGCCUUUUUGUUCAUUUUUUCACGACUUAACCUCGCUAGAUUCGCCUAGAUACAUAGCAGACUUUGGUGAAACUUAGCACAAUGAUAUCUAGGUUCUAUUCUACAUUUCGAAGACGGACGUUUUGUCACAGAAAAAGAAUUUAUUCUCUCAGAAAGAAGAAUUUGAAAAACGUCGAUGAAAUCGGGGAAACUAGUUACAGCCGUAGUACUAAUAAUACCGAAUAUCUUCCAGGGUAGUUAAUCAAUUUAUGGAUCAUUCAAAUCACAAUUAUAAUGUGAAAAUUGUCUCCUGCCAUGGUUUAGUAUUAGCUGUACAAAAUAGGUAUCUUAUGAAUUAUCGCAACAGGUUAUAGGAAGUCAGGAAAAUAGCCAUGUCUGAUAUCAAUUAUUUGCUAUUGAUAAAACAGGUUUAAUUUAAUAUAGAAAUGCUAUUAUUUUGGAAACGAUGUCACGUUCUAAGUGAACAUGAUUUAGGCCCUAGAAGGAAGGUACUAGGAGCUUUGAGAGCACAUUAUAAAAGACUAGGAGUUGGUAGGACUAGGAGUAGAAGGACAGUUUGAUAUUUUUUAUUUGUAUUAAAAAAAUGACAAGAAUCAGACGUGCCAAUACUGAUACUUUCAGCUGAAAGGUGCAUAUGAACAUUAUGAACGUAACGCAUGUACACAUAAUAUGCAAACGGCGCUGUGCUUUCAGUAAACGCAAUUCGUAACGUCAUACAAUCUGCGUUUAGAGUACGCAGGUUGUAUUCAUACGCACGAGAUCAAUUACGCAGCCUGUAUUGAUUCAUACGCACCAAAUAACUUACACCUUUAUAAUCCGUUUGACUUACUCAGCUAUUAAUUUUUCAAUUUUAAGCUUAGCUUUCGCUUACAUUCGAAGGCUACCCUAAAUGUAUUUUGAGAUGUAUGUCUCUCGUACUCCGUUGUGAUAAUUCAUAAGAAUAUGAUUGAUUGCAAAGUCCAGCACUUUUAGUACCGAAAUACAUACACUUCACCAAAAUAUCAGAUUUGUAUACUUACUAAGGAAUUUUAGUAAAUAAAUUAUUGACUGGUGCUUUCACAAUAA